UGAUAAAUGCGUGUGGAUAACUGAGCGGAACUACUGAAUCAAAUACUAAAAAAUAAAUACUAAAACAUACCGCACUAAUUAAAAAACAGAUGUUUCGUAUAAAAUGACAACAGUUCUAAACAACAUGAAUAAUCGUGUAAGAAUUGUUGUAGUGGGUGACUCUGGCGUUGGCAAAACUUGUCUAACACAUUUGAUUGCCCACAAUGAGUGCCUUAUACGUCCUGGCUGGACAGUUGGAUGCAAUAUUCAGGUGAAGAUCCAUGAGUACAAGGAGGGCACAGCUCGCCAAUGUCCAUACUUUGUGGAAAUGUUUGACAUUGGCGGCUCAUUGAGUCACAAAAAUACACGUAGUGUUUUCUAUUCCGGCAUACAUGGCAUUAUUUUGGUACACGAUCUGACAAAUGGCAAAUCACAGGAGCAAUUGCUCGAUUGGCUCAUUGAGAUUGUCAACAAGGAGGGUAAGGAUACGUAUAAAUGUCGCGGCACCUCAAUGCCGCCAACACCCCCAGCGCCUCUAUCGUCAUCCCUAUCUGGCUACUCCUCCAGUGAUAACCAUUUGCGUUUUGAUAUGGAAGAGUUUCUGGGUGCCACCCAAAUACCCAUUUUGGUAAUGGGUACCAAAUUGGAUCUAAUUGACAAGAAGCGUCAACCGAAGACAGCUGUGAAGAAAGCCGGUGGCAUUGCUGACAAAUGUGGCGCCGAAGAGAUUUGGUUGAAUUGCCGAGACAAUCGCAGUUUGGCUGCAGGUACCACAGACGCUGUGAAGCUAUCACGUUUCUUUGACUGUGUGAUUGACAAACGAGAAAGUCUGGUUAGCAGCUCCAGUAGCAGCCCUCAUGGUUAUGGCAGCUGCAGCGUUGGCACAGGCAGUCCGCUAGCGGAUAGACGACGUCCUGUAACGACAACGAAUCCACCUUAUCCUUUAUAUAGUCCAACCAAAAUGGAUAGUGUUGUGCCUUUGCUCGAUACAAGUGAUUUAAAAUGAAUUCAAAAGUAUCAAUAGCUCUUAGUUAAACAUAUAAGAAAUAUUCCAUUGAAUUAUAAAAAUAAAUCUGUAUAUUUAUGCACCCACAUAAACUUUA